CAUCAACACUUGGUCUAAUUCCGAAACCUGAAUUAGGAAUUCAAUUUGGAUCGGGAGAAACUUGCACUCGGUUAUUGAUGAUUGAAAGUGAAGGAAUUACAGCAAAUGUACCAAGGGAGCAAUAG